AUGGAACACCCAGCUUUCACCUUAUCUGGUUUAUGCCUCGUCGGGGGUAUCAUGGGCUACGUCCGUAAGGGCUCCCUCCCAUCCAUGCUCGGUGGUGUUGGUGUUGGUCUCGUUUAUGGUGCUGCCGGAUACUUGUUAAAGGAAAACAUGGACUACGGUAUCCAUUUGGCCUUGGGUGCCUCCUCGGUUUUGUUGGCCGCUGGCUCCGCCAGGGCCGCUGCUACCCGCUUCAGAAAGCCAGUCCCAUUAUUGCUCUUUGGUAUUGGGGGGUUGUCCACUGUCUAUUAUUGUAUCAAGUACAACCAAUUCUACGGUUCUGGCCUUUAG